AUGGCAAAGACUUCGGAGAAAUUGGCCCUCCUAGAGCCCCUAUGGGACAAGGCCAUCCAGUCACCGUCAUCCGUCACAUUAGACGAAAAACACCAGAUACUAGAAUGGCCCACCAUGGCAAUAAUGCAAGCAAACGCCCAAAAACACUUGAACUUGUCGGUUGACGUUCUUUUCCACAAAGCAGCCACAAAUCCGGAUUCUCUUACCUACCCAGAGUGCCUUCUUAUGGAUAAUGACUUUCGCAUCAUGAACUUGCUAGACCAAGCCAAGUAUUCCAAUGAUCGACUGCGGUGGGAAACCGAGCGGCCGGAUCUCUCAGAGAAAAAAAAUCAGGCGCGCGCUAUUGUCCUCUCUCCCGUAGAGGCAAAAGCAUUCGCCAACUUGAGGGAUGACAAUAUCUUUUUCCCAAAACAGAUGGCAUAUUAUGCUGCUCUCCAGGCGAAGCGGAAGCCUCUCACAAUGCCUCGCGGGUGGAUAAGGAAUGUCCUCGACCAAGAAGGAGAGGUGAAAACCUUCGGCUUUUUGUUCUACCACCCUAAGGACCAGGAGAAUAGUCUAUGGGAGAAGUUCCGGGAGAAAUUUGACGAGUUCCUCAAGGAACCCAUGUUCUCGGCGGACGGAUUUGAUCUAAUCGAAGAGUUCAAAGUAGCGGAAUUCGUUGAGUUUGAGAGUCCAAACCCGGACAAUUUGGAUAUUCUUAGAGAGUGA